CUCCGUGGCAUCAUGGGCAUGUUCCGGGACGCUUGACCUCCAAACGAUGAAAUGCGAUGAAAUGAUCAAUAUAUUGAGACUUUUUCUAUGCCAGUUUGAGUUCCUGGAUGAUUAGAAUUGUCCCGGCCUGUAUGCACUCAGAUCACUUCUACGUCACGCGAGGUGCCAACACCCAGCUUGUUCUCACGAGAAAGAAUAUCCUGCGGCAUUCUACUGGAUGCUGCCGCUUCUCAAAGAUCUCAUGAAUCUGGACUGCCCAGCCACAAUGCAAGGUAUUGCUCGGAUCCUUUCCGAAACCAUAUAUAUUAGCGAUUGUCAGGCUUUAGGCGCCGUCCUUUCCCUUGUACCGGAUGUGAACUCUCCUACCUUUCUAAAGUGGCUGUCCCCUGCGCAUCAGAUUGUUUUGGAAAUGACAAUACUUGGUGUCCGGGACUCAGCUCGAUACUUGCUUGCCCACGGUGGACUGAACUUGCAUCUUGUGGCUUUUGUAGAGCCUUUUUACCCCAAGCAUUGGUGGUGGUGGUCUAACUUCCGCGAAUUGGGUUUAAUACGAGGCAACACUCCUACUUCUAUGGCGAUACGAUACUCAUCGACUUUCUUCAAAUUUCGGAAUUUACUGCUGGAAGUGGGCGUCGAGAUCGAAAAUUUCGUCAAUGACGAACCUCCCACACCACCUUUGGCUGAAGAGGGCUGGACGCGAGAAACACUUCUCUUUCUCUUCAGGCUUGACUUCCGACCCCUGGAGCUUUCGCAGUGUCAGAGUGUUGUCUCUUGUCAGACCUAUGUGUCCCCCAUAGACGCUCACUGGCUCUCUGCUCUUGAAGAGUUGAGAUCAGGCAACAUCCAGAGGUCCAACGAGCUUUUCGAGGCACGAGACCAAAACAUGCUCGAUUCGCCAAUGAUACACAGGACACUCUGUCAGUCUUGCUUUUUUUUUGAAAAGAGAAGAAUACCGGCACGGGAAGAUGGUCACUAUUCCUGCGACGAAUUCGAGGAUGAAAACUCUCCAUUCUUGUUGUCACUUUGAGCAUUCAAUCUUUGAACGUGCGUGGACCAGUCAGCAGUCGUUCCGGUGGUCACUACUGUUUGCGCUUGUUGUAUUGUUGUAGCUGCUGAGUAACUGCCGCUAACCUACGAAUUGAAGCUGGCGCUUCGGUGGAUGUUGUUCCUGGGUCCUGUAUUGCGGAAUUGAGGAGCAAGCUUUGGAGAUGCUUCAUAUUAGAAAAUGUUUCUUGGUCCAAGGAAACAUGCCCAUACUACCAGGUCUGCAAUC